AUGAACGGGACUCCUCGACUCCGCUCUGCCUUUCCUCAAACGCCGCAGACAACGCAAAGAACUCGAGCUUUUAAAACCCCACCGUCUCGGCCGACGCCUCAGGACCCUGGGAUACGGAAAGCCUCCACAGGACCGCCAGCUACCCACGAUGCGUCUUCGCCGCUUAUCCCAACCGGGGUCGUAGAUGCCCCAUCACAACGUCUCUAUGUUGUGGCUUUCUACCUCGCGCUCCAUGCAUGGCGAGUUUACGAAUCUCUGAGCGCCUCCGAUGAUCUGGAUUCCACUUGGCUGUUUCUCAAAUGGGCUUCUAUCGAUGGCGUCUUCCUCUUCGGACUCCAGGCACUUCAUAUACCUUGGCUGGAAUGGACUUUUCCGACGACGCUAGCUGCGUUUCUUCUUCACGCAGUUGGCAAUGUGUUUUUAAUGUUCCGGAUCCCCAUUCCGCUGGGCGCCUGGUUAUCUGGAAUGGUCAAAAUAGCUUAUGAUAGGGAGCUAUCCAUUUCCGAACGAAGUGUCAAACCCGGAGAUAUUAUUCACAAUGCAUCCCUCAUUUUGGGAAAGCAGAUAGUCCACAUCUUACCGGAGGGGUCUGCUGUGCUAAAUCCGGAUCAAAUCCCGCUGUGUAUCAACUCGCAUGGGAAUACUGUCAAUCUCCCCAUUCGAAUAAAUCAAACGAAUCCGAUUGCGGUGGAGCUUUUCCGCCUAGAUUUCGACAGCGGGGAGAACGAGACAAUCCCUAUAUCAUCGAAACAGUUGAAGCAGAUGAAGCAACAGUCGAAACGCGCCCCCGCAGAUUCGCCUCGUGAUCUUCUUUACCCGAUCCGACAGCCUGGAAUUUACCGUCUCAAAAGAGUAGUAGAUGAGUCCAAUCUCGACGUUCACAUGCGUAUAUCCGAUGCGCUUGUUGUUUCCUGUCCCCAAGCGCUGAUCAAAAGUUCUCCCACGCACAAAUGCAAGGGCGAGCUAUCGAACUUGGUGCUUACGGUUGAAGGCACCCCGCCCUUGAAAAUCAAGUACAGCAGACAGGUGAACCACCUUGACCGGGGCUUUUCCUUCCAGAAUAUCCAAUCAGACCAUUUACGUUCACCUCUCAUAGGUCAGAGGAACUCGGGUGCCUUGUUCAGUUCCCGGGAGCUGGAUGUCUCCUGGGCGCAGAGCCAGGUCAUUGAAGUUCCCCUGAACGAGUCGUUGAACGUUGGAGGAGAAUGGCUCUACUCAAUUGAAGAAGUUCACGACGGUUGCGGGAAUGUCGCGAAUUACUCGACCCUGUUACUUGAAGGCGGCCAACUACCUGCAAACUCUGUGUCUCAGGCGCAUAAAUUUGCAGUCCAUGAAAGGCCUCGAUUGUCCUUGCAUGGAUGUAACGACCAGCAGUUUUUGCAGGUCGCUCGGGGAGAGAGCGUAGAUUUACCUGUCAAUUUUCACACUUCGGGCCAAAAAUACGCCCAGGACGGCCCUUUCUCUCUUAUGUACUCAUUCAGUGGCAGAGAGCAGGAGGGUACGGAUGAUAUGCCAAGUAAAGUUCACAAGCUGUCCCUCAAAAGUCUUGACCAGAAACCACAAAUCAAGGAUCCGGGAUGGUACAAUUUGGAAUACGUAUCUAGUCAUUUUUGCCCUGGAGAAGUGCUAGAGCCGUCAUCUUGCUACUUACACAACCCACCAGAGCCAGACGUCGCCGUCAAGUAUGAGAAGAUACUUGACAAGUGCGCGAACAAUCCAGUUGGCUUAUUGGUUGACCUUGACCUCACUGGGUCGCCACCGUUUCGACUUCGAUAUGUCGUGGAGCACGCAAAGGGUGUUGAGACCAAAUCGCAAAUCAUCGAAGGCCUACGUGCUCAGCUCGAUUUUACGCCAUCCGAAGCCGGCUUUUACCGGUACCGUUUCCUUGACGUGGCAGACACGAUUUAUGCGCCUCGGUCCUUGAAGGACAAAAUGCCCGUCCUAGAACAAGAUGUCAAGCCUCCGGCUUCUGCUCACUUCCUUGAUUCGAGUGCUGUGCGCAGGGCCUGUUUCGGCGAGCCGGUAGCCGUGGACGUGGCAUUUGUCGGUGAAGCGCCGUGGACCUUGCAGUACGAACUUGUUCACAAUGGGAAGAAAUCGAAGCAUACCUUGGAAUCCGAGAGUGAAAUUGCUACUAUCAAAACCAAUAAGCUUGUCGGUGGCGGCGAGCACAGCCUCGUGCUAACAAACGUCAAAGAUCUUUCGAACUGCAAACGAAGCCUCAGGGAUAACAUUAGAAUUGACGCCCGCUCAAAGCCCCCACAGGCGUCUUUUGGUGAAAUAGAGAAACGCCGAGAUUACUCGGCUCUCCAGGACUCGAGAGUUGAUAUUCCUCUCAGAUUAAGUGGCGAGCGACCGUGGGUAGUCAGACUCAAAGAAACAAGCACUGAUUCUGCGGUUUUCGAAAAAACCUUCUGGCAGGAAAACAGUGUUCUGUCGGUCAGUCAAGAAGGACAGUAUGAGCUCGUCGGGGUAACCGACAGUUCCUGCCCCGGAUCCAUAGACCAGGCAGCCAAGACCUUCAAGAUUUCCUGGAUCCCUCGACCGCGUAUCACGGCUGUGGAUAGCUCUCCCGUCGGGGUCACCAACUCUAUUGAGAAGCGAGAUGUUUGCCAGGGCGACGAUGACAGCCUUGAACUCCGCCUGGCAGGAAACCCGCCGUACAGCGUUCAGUAUGAGCAACAACGGAAGACAGGCCGUGGAUCGCCUUCUGUGCGUGUGCAGACAUUGAAGACCGCUCUACAUGCAGCCUCUAUGGAAAUGGACACUUCCGAAGCUGGUCUCUACACUUAUAAAUUCCGGGAAGUCGGCGAUAGUCUCUACGAUCACGACCCUAAGGCCAACCCCGUCGUCGUGACCCAAAAGGUGAACCCUCUCCCAUCUGCGCGGUUUGAUGCUCCGGGUCAUAUUUAUGGGUUUUGCAAGGAGGACGUUAGCGGCGAAGAGCUGAUUCCCAUAACCCUUGAGGGGGUUCCGCCAUUUUCCCUCGAGAUAUCCAUUAAGCACCAUUCGAAGACCAAGGCCGAGAUUGUAUCAAUCCCGAGCAUCGGAUCAAAUCGACACAAGCUUCCUAUACCGAGACGUCAUCUUGAUUUGGGGCAGCACGUCGUCAGCAUUCACAAGGUAAGGGAUGCACGAGGCUGUCAACGAAGCAUUGACUUCGACACAUCGUCGGUCAGAGUCGCCGUGUCUGACGUUCCCACAAUUAUCCCUCUUGAAUCCAAGGUUGACUACUGCGUCGGGGAACGGUUGUCCUUCUCGCUUUCCGGUCAUGCUCCAUUCGAUGUGUUCUAUACAUUUGAUGGGGCGUCCAGAAAGGCAAACUCCCGGACCACCGACUUCCGCCGCAUCGCAGAGAGACCAGGCGUGUUCACUAUAACCGCUGUCAGUGACGGCGCAAGUGGGAAGUGCCAGGCCCACAAGAACAUCACGAAAACUAUCCACGAAAUGCCAAGUGUCCGGAUGAGCCGGGGUCAAACCUCUAUUAUUGAUAUACACGAGGGCGGGGAGGCAGAGCUACACUUUGAGUUCUGGGGGACACCGCCGUUUGAGUUCACAUACAUCCGGAGUUCCAACCCCCGAAAAGGCAAGAAGCCAGAGAUUCUGGACAUCAAGCAUGACAUCUCUUAUGAACACAAGAAAACCAUCAGGACCUCAGAUGAGGGAACGUAUGAGGUUGUGGCGAUCAAGGACAAAUUUUGCUCCUUCUCUCAGACCCCUGUAGAGAAAUCUGAACGAUGA